AAUGACCUUGUCCUGUGGACGUUACGUACGACGUCAGGUGAUUCGUAUUUCCUUUCCGCCGCAGUGUGCUAGUAGCUAGCCGUGCUUGUCCAUGAUCGGUUUUUAAACAUGAUGAGCGGCAGGACGAGUGCGAUGGUGGCUGGGAUGUGCGGGGCCCUGUUCGUCGCGUACUGUAUUUACUUUGACAGGAAGAGACGGAGCGACCCGUUGUUUAAAGAAAAGCUUCGUGAGCGUAGAAGAAAACAAAAAACGUCAAGCGAGAAGACAGGAAUGGCAAAGUUGCCUGACCUGAAGGACCCAGAAGCCGUUCAGAAGUUCUUUUUGGAAGAAAUCCAGCUGGGAGAAGAGCUGCUGUCACAAGGUGAGUUUGAGAAAGGUGUCGACCACCUGACCAAUGCGAUCGCAGUGUGCGGUCAGCCGCAGCAGCUGCUGCAGGUCCUCCAGCAGACGCUGCCUCCGCCCGUCUUCCAGAUGUUACUCACCAAACUGCCCACAAUCAGCCAGCGAAUCAUCAGCUCCCAGGCUUUAUCGGAGGAUGACGUCGAAUGAAUGUGCAGACGAGUUGGAGACGAAACUGCUUUUACUUCUCCUUUAAAAGGGUUUAACAGUGAUUAUCGCAGCAUUGUUGAAUAUUGAAGACUGUUGUGACUUAUCAGCCCAAAUACGACAUACUUUACAAUAUUCUGGAGUUAAAAGGAACUCUUAAGUUCAUCUCUCCUCACUCUCAUCAACUAUUGUUUUAUAGUCAUUUUGUUUGUUGUCUUUCCUCAAUGUUUUUUUUGUUUUGGUUGGAGCAUCAUGGUAGUAGUAAUAUAUUGAUUUACAGUAGACAAUUUAUUUUAUGUUGCUAUGAGUAUGACAUUAAAUUUGUCUACGGGGAGAAGAAGAAAAACAAAAUGUGUUAAUUUCUGUGAAAAUGCGUUGGCAUUGUCGGUUUAACGUUAUUUUUAUAUUCUAGUCCGUCACCUAUUUGUGUAAAACUCCAUAAUAAAACAUUAAAACAAG